CCUUAGUAUGAGUGUCAUUUAUCUUUCCUAAAUUGACACUAGUAUUUUAUCAUAAACUAGAUGAGGAAGAUGAUGAUGAUAUCUUCCUUAACUCGCCCAUCCAAGUCUCUUCAAACAGUCAUGCAGGUUAUGGUCAAGGUAUUCAACGAGCCAGUCAGACCACUCAAGCCACUAGUCAACCAACAGCUCAGAUAACCCAAGCAAGAAGUCAACCAACAGCUCAGACCACCCAAGCCACUAGUCAACAAACAGCUCGGACAACCCAAGCAACUAGUCAACCUACAGCUCAGACAACCCAAGCAAGUAGUCAACAAACAGCUCAGAUAACCCAAGCAAGUAGUCAACCAACAGCUCAGACCACCCAAGCCACUAGUCAACAAACAGCUCAGACAAUCCAAGCAACUAGUCAACCAACAGCUCAAAACACCCAAGCCACUAAUCAACAAACACCACGGACCACCCAAGAGACCAGUCAGCCUGCUGCAGGGUCAAGUGAAACUGCAGCUUUUCAAAUUGUUGAAAAUGACAUUCCUCACUAUGACAAUGAGGUGUCUUUUGUUAAGUUAGCUGUUAUUUUCCGCACAAAUAUCAGAAAAUAUAUCAUUGAAUUAUUCUCACAGCCUGAUAUUUUAAUGUGCCACCUUGAUCUUGUUGUCUAUGAUGAAUGUGGCGAAGUGGAAAAAGGCAAAGGAAAGUGAGUUCUGUUAGAUGUAUUCACAGCAUUUUGGCAGGAAAUUUUUAUGGGUGAUGCUGUUGGAAGUACUGAGAAAAUUCCUUAUAUUAGACUUGACCUACAAAAGCCCCAGUGGGAGUCAAUAGCAAGAGUUCUUGUAUAUGGCUAUUUGCAUUGUAAAUAUUUUCCACUCUCCUUGUCCAAGUUAUUUGUGAUGUCAUGCCUGUUUGGAGAACAAGCUAUUGAACCAGAGGAUUUGCUGCAGUCUUUCAGAGAUUUCAUUACACAUGAAGACCGUGAAGUAUUGAAUAUGUGCUUGAGUGAAGAGUUUGAUCCAAAUGAUGAAGAUGCUCUAGAAUUCCUCAGUUCCUUCAAAUGUUU